AUGAUUCCCCCUUGUGCGAUUGCUCAUUUGGUACCCCCAUGGAGUUCGGAGAGAGUUUCCAUUUGUUUUCUCAUCUUUUUUUUAUUCUCUCCCUAUGCACUGUCCUCGGGCUUGCAUUUAUCCAGAGUAUUUCUUCUGUCAUUUUCGCAGGAAAGCCGGAUUGCAUGGACAUUCCCAUGUUCAUGUUUUGGGCGUAUAUUUGGGGUUUUUUUUCUGAUGUCGUUUCUCUCUUAUUCAUUUGCAGCACAUUUGUUACUGGUACUCAUUGUUCGGCGCGACCAAGUUCUAAUGGGCAUUGGCUUUCCAUGA